AUGUCUAACAACGAAGAACCAAUGGGAAUAUAUGGAGAUUCAUUCGGGAAAGUCAAGGAGCGCUUUAAAGAUCGAUCCAAGAAAAUGGCACAAACGAAGGAGAAGACGAAGCAGAUGUUAUCCAAACAAGCCGUUAAGAUCGCCCAACGUGCCGAGGAACAUGAACGAUUUAUUAACAAGGUGACUCAUCUAUUGGGAGUUCUUGGGUUUGGGGCAUUUUGCUUUAUUUUGGGUGCAAGGCCACAGGAUAUCCGAUAUGUUUACUGUUUGUUCUACGUUACCUUUGUUCCUCUUCGAUGGAUCUACUACAGAUUCAAGAAAUGGCAUUACUACCUUUUGGACUUCUGUUAUUAUGCAAACACAAUUUUCUUAAUCAUGCUUCUGGCUUUUCCUACAAAUGAGAGGUUUUUCAUGGUUUGUUUCUCGUUUGCAGAGGGUCCACUCGCAUGGGCAUUGAUCGUUUGGCGCUGUAGCUUAGUUUUUAGUUCAGUUGAUAAAACUGUCAGUGUUUUCAUACAUCUUUUACCUGGGUUGGUUUUCUUCACAAUACGGUGGUGGGAUCCUGAGUUUUUUGGAGCUAUGCAUCCAGAAGGGACUCCAAAAAGAGCGUCAUGGCCUUAUGUAGAAAACCAAUCCUACCUUUGGGAAUGGCUGUUUUUUGUUCCAUUAGCUGCUUACUUUCUCUGGCAAGUACUCUAUUAUCUCAUUGUAGAGGUUCUACGGCGACAGAGACUCUUACGAGACCCUGAAGUUAUGACUUCUUACAGGGAGCUGUCCAAGAAAGCGAAAAAAGCAAACAACAUAUGGUGGCGUUUAAGCGGUUUGCUUGGUGACCAGAACCGGUUGCUUAUGUUUAUUCUGCUCCAGGCUAUAUUUACAGUGGCAACUACAGCACUUACAGUGCCCAUAUUUCUGUCAUAUAAGUUGCCUCUGUUAUACCAAAUACUCAAGGUCUCAGCAUCUGUAUGGAAUGGUGGAAAUUUUCUAUUAGAAGUAAUGCCAAGACAGGUGAUUCUCAAGGAGAAAAAGAAAUCAGAGAUGCAAACUGUUCCACAACAGCAACAUGAGACUCCUUUGAAAGAGAGCUCUAUGGAAACUAGUAAUGCUUACUAAACACCUUAUGUAACUGUCUCGCCUUACGUAACUGUCUCUCAGUUGGAGGCUUCAUAAUUGGCUCAGUUUUAGUUGUUAACGUUUGUGUCUGGUUUACAAAUGAAUGGAGAAGUUUAGUAUGUAACUCCUUAUAAGUUUGUGAAUUUGGUGGAAGAAUAUGAGCCGGCAUGUUCCUGUGGUGUGUACUAAAAUUGAAUGGGUCUCAUGUGGUGUGAAUUAGAAUUGAAUGGUUUCGUGUUGUUAGGCGGCAAAGGUGAAUUUAGGGCGAACUUUGUAGGUUCAACUAAAAUUACUGUUCAAAUUUUUUAUAACUAGUUUCUGGAAAUGUGCAAUGCUUGUUGAUCAGUACAAUUUAAAAAAAAAAACAGUAUAAUUAU